UUUGAAAUGACUCUUGUCUGUUUGUCAGAUUUUGAAGCUUAUGCUAAAAAGCAUCUUCCCAAGCCUAUCUGGGAUUAUUUUGCAGCAGGUGCUGAUGAAUGUUAUACGCGUGAUGACAAUCUCAUGGAAUAUAAAAGAAUCUAUUUGAGGCCACGUGUGCUGCGGGAUAUGUCAGCAAUAGAUCCAAGGACUACGAUUCUUGGCUCUGAAGUUGACUUCCCAGUGGGGAUUGCUCCCACUGGCUUCCAUGGUUUGGCCUGUCCUGAUGGGGAGCAGAGCACAGCUCAAGCUGCAGAAGCUAUGAAUACCUGCUACAUAACCAGCACAUAUUCCACUUUCUCUGUGGAAGAAAUUGUUGCUGCUGCACCAACUGGUUUAAGAUGGUUCCAACUCUACCUCCAUCGGAAGAGGACGUUCUCAGAGCAACUCGUACGAAGGGUUAAUGCAUUGGGAUUCCAUGCCCUGGUGCUCACAGUUGACGUGCCCUACACUGGCAAGAGGCGGAAUGACAUUCGCAACAACUACGAGUUCUUGAAAUCCAUUCAAGUGAAGAACUUUAAAGGAGCUUUUGAGGAUGAAGACCAGACUGAAUAUGGUCUACCCCCUGGAUCCAUAGACCCAUCUAUCCAUUGGAACGACAUCACCUGGCUACAAAGCCUGACCCAGCUGCCAAUCAUCAUCAAAGGGAUUCUGACAAAGGAAGAUGCUGAGCUAGCUGUGAGACAUGGUGUUCAAGGGAUUAUCGUAUCCAACCACGGAGGAAGGCAGCUAGAUGGAGUCCUUCCUACUAUUGCUGCUCUGGUUGAAGUUACUACCGCAGUGCAAGGCAAAAUUGAAGUUUACUUAGAUGGUGGAAUACGAACUGGGAAUGAUGUAUUGAAAGCAUUGGCACUUGGAGCAAAAUGUGUCUUCAUCGGCAGGCCCACUGUAUGGGGUCUGGCUUAUAAGGGUAAAGAAGGACUUCAAGAAGUUUUGAAGAUUUUAAAAGAUGAAUUUUGUCUAUCAAUGGCUCUCACAGGCUGUAAAAACGUCUCAGAAAUUGGCCGGCAUCUUGUUCAGUAUUCCAAAUUGUAAAGAACUCUUCUGUGGCACUUACAGGACCAGAAGCAGUUUGCUAGCUAAAGAAAAAAAACCUGGAUGAUUAAAAACAAGGGGGAAACCUCAGCCACCAACCACAUUUCAGAAAGUUUGUCUGAUGAGAUUUUUGCAAUGAAUGGGACACAGAAGCUUAUAGCUGGCCUAUACUGAACUGUGAAUAACUGGGAGCCCCAUUCUUUUGUAUGCCUGUUUUCAUGAUACCCAGCUAGGUUAACAUUCCUUAAAAACUUUCAAUUUUACCACAUUCUCCUCCCUGUGUGUGAAAUGCCAUAGUAUCCAAUGACUUAUGUGUUUCACUUUGAAUAAUAUAAUAAAAAUAAAUAAUGGCAUCAGUUACUUGGAAUGGCAACAUUAGACCACAGAGUCCAAGUACAGUUCAGUGAUGAAAUCUCAGUUAAAACAUCCCAGGCAGCAUCUGUCUGAACAUGUUCAAUAAAAGGGAAGCAAUCAACUUGCUAGAUUAAAGAUUCUUAGAUUUCUUUUUCCUUACUAGAACCUGUCUUUGCAAGUCUGAACUGCUCCCAGAGGAUCAAUCAAUCCAUCCAUCAAUCCAUUCCUGAUCAAUAGAUGAUCCUGGAAAUGCAUCAGCCAAUCUCUAUUCAUCUUCCAGUUAAAAAGGAAAAUUACCUACCCGUCCAUGACUGUAAAACCAUUUGGAAGAUGCUCUCAGUUUAAAUACAGUGACAUGAAAAGGGCAACAGGAAGCCAGACCUGGGUGAUGGUAAAAGCCCAGCAAUGGCUUCAUACAAUUGCUAGGAAGUAGAACUCAUUUUUGACUGGAUUUGCCCAAAUCCAUCUGGAAUGAUAAUGUAUUUAGACUUUGUUUAUGUGAUGGCUAUUCAGAUAUUUGAAGAGCACUCUUAUAGGGUAUCUCCCUUUCAAUAAUGUCUUCUCAAAAUUAAGCAUGCUUAGCAACGUUCAUUGUUCUUCACAGGGUUUGCUCUCUGGGCCCACAAGCAGAAACUAAAUUGUUGCUCUCAGUGUUAAUCUUAAUCUAAUCACGUGUUAUUCUCCUGAAUUCUUAAAGGGAACCAAAUACCAGAUAUCAAAAGUGAACAGACUGUACUUGAAGGGGUCUCUAAUCCAAAAUAAAAUAGAACAAGUCCUGUGGUUUAGAAAUUGUACUGUACUGUAUAGUACUGUGUUUAUAUAAUCUAAAAUUGUGCUUGUCUUUUUCAAAGCCUCAUUAAGCGGUUCAUUCUUAUUUAUAUUUUAAAUAGCCACAGCGCCAUGUGCCUAAAGGGAAUCUAAUCAAUCACUCAUUAUUAUUCAAAUAAUAGAAAUUAAAUCAGUAUACUCUGUGCAUAUUUUUAAAAUCCAAGUACUGAGCAUAAGCCUUAUAACUGUAACUAGGAUUUGCUCAUCAUGACUUUUUAACCUAUAAAAUGGGUAGGUAAACUGUCGGUAAGUAUUGCCAGAAUGUCUUGCCAAAAUUUAAUUGUAAAGCCAUCAAAUUUCAAACGAGUGAUUUUUCAUUUUUGAAACCGUUAAAGUAUUAUAUUCUGUUGCAACAUUGCAACAAAUCCUGCAGCCUAAAACUCCAAAAUAAGAAAAAUGCAUUCUCUAACCACAAAGAGAUUGUUUAACCCUGCAGCAAAACGUGUCUCUUAUUUUUACUGCUGUGGUUUAAAGGAGGCUGCUCAAAAAAAAUAUUACUUCACAAAGUCACAAAAUACUGAAAUUUUGCUUGUAAUCUCGAAUCCAUCGAAGUAUAUAUUACUCUCUGCA